GCUGCAGAAAGGGUGAACAUAAUUCACUUAUUAGCAAGUCCACACGGGCUGACCUGCAGGAUACCACUUGCAGAGAAGAAGAUUGGGUAUGAGUUGGAAGAGGUGCAUAAGUUUCGUAGCAGCAUGGCCACUCUUGAAGAGGUAAAAGAGAGUUGCAAGAGCCUCCCGGUUCUCAUUCACAACGGCAAAGAGAUCUAUGAGUUUCGUACUGUGGUGGAGUAUAUUGACGAGGCCUGGAAGAGCCGCUCCGCCUUCCUGCCUUUAGAUCCUUACAAGAGAGCUCAAGCGCGGUAUUGGUUUGACUUCAUUGACAAGGAGUUUUCAGAGGAUGCGAAAGUGUGGAGCGGAAGGGGGAAAUAGCAGGAGGCUGCCAAGAAGGAGCUCGUAUCGACUCUGAAGGAAUUGGAAGUGGAGUUAGGGGACAAGCCUUACUUUGGGGGAGAAAGCCUGGGCCUCGUCGACAUAGUCCUCCUCCCCCACUAUGCCUGGUUCCAUACGUAUGAGAGGUGCGCGGACUUCUGUAUCCAAGCACACUGCCCCAAGCUCAUCGGAUGGGCUAAACAGUGCUUACGGAAGGCGAGUGCGUCCCAGUGCCUUCCUGACCCGGACGAGGUCUAUGAGAACGCCAUGAAGCUCAAGGAAAGAGUAGAUGAAAUUACCCCUGUUGUUGCUAUAGCAAAAUUUUUUUCUAGGCUUGCAUCCCGCUGUGAUUCUGAGCACAUGUUGGGUGACAUUUUCUUUGGUCGUCUUGUGGGAGCAGAAGCCUGGGUGUCUGAAUCACCUGCUUGAGCUCGAGUCCUCAGGAUAAGAAUAUUCUUUAAUACAACAAAUAAAUCCGUUGUCGGGGUAUCCAGGUAGUUAAAAGGCCGGCACGGUUAAUCCCUGUGUAAUGUAAUAAAUAAUCAGACUUUGCUCCUAUCUACACCUCAUUUCCUUAUGAGCUCGAUACUGUUCACUUAUGGCGUAGAUAAAUAAAUAAAUAUAUAUAUAUAUAUAUCAAGCUGUCAGAAGAAAAAAAAAAGAAUUAUUCGAACUUUUCCAUUAACAAAUUAACAAACAACAAAGUUGCAUGGAAGAUUCCGCCCCUAAGCUGACAUCCAAUUCAAUUCCUUUGCUGCAAUUUUUAUAAAUCCUGGCCUCCCCUGUGUACACUACCGUGGCACCAACCAAUUCUUCUUCUUUCACCACCAAAUGGCUGAAGAAACUUUGAUCCUUUUAGACUUCUGGCCCAGUAUGUAUGGGAUGAGGUGCAGAAUAGCACUUGCAGAGAAGGAGAUCGAUUACGAGUACAGAGAAGAGGAGUUGCACUUGUGGAAGAAGAGUGCCCUCCUUCUGGAGACAAACCCAAUUCACAAGAGGAUCCCAGUUCUCAUACACAACGGGAAGCCCAUCUCCGAGUCCCGCGUCAUUGUAGAGUACAUCGACGAGUCUUGGAAGGAUAAGUCUCCGGUGCUGCUGCCUUCCGAUCCUUAUGAGAGAGCUCAGGCCCGGUUCUGGGUUGAUUUCAUCGACAAGGCAUUCUAUGAUCCUGCAAGGAAGGUGUGGGGGACGAAAGGAGAAGAGCAGGAGGCAGCAAGGAAGCAACUCGUGCAAGCUCUCAAAGUGAUGGAAGGUGUUCUAGGGAACAAGCCCUUCUUUGGGGGAGACAGCUUCGGGUUUGUGGACAUGGCCAUGAUCCCAUACAACAGCUGGUUUCAUUCCUAUGAGACUUUUGGGAACUUCACAAUCGAAAUGGAGUGCCCCAAGCUGGUCCCAUGGGCUAAGAGGUGUUUGCAGAAGGAGAGUGUGUCCAAGUCCCUCGUCGACCCUCAAAAACUACUUGGUUUUGUGGUUGAGAUGAGGAAAAAGUUUGGCCUCGAGUAGAUGCACGGCCUCAACAGUGUUUUAACCAUAGAUCUUAUGUAUUCAACUUCCAUAAGUCGACACCAUUGAUUAUUGUGGGGUUCGGGUUCCAUAUGGAUCCCAUAACAUCCAAUGGCCAAUAAUAGUUGAAUUCAUUUUGGAGUGUCUUAGUUUAUCUUUCUCUGGGUAAUGUGCGAAUUGAUGGGCUUGUAGUGCCUUCUCAAUGUUUGGUGUUUCGUGAUAUUCUAGUUGCACUCAAGGAGUGUGGGCUUAUUGCAGUUCCAUUUUGUGUUGGAA